UGUUCAGCGGUCUUUGGUCACGGAUAAGAGGCAGCCUCGAGAGAUUUCAGAGGUACCGAAAAGAGGCGCAACGUGAAUCAAAGUACUGAAAUAGAAGAGAUGACUAUUCGCCCGAAAGUGUUCUUGCACGGAAUUACUGAAUAAAUAAAAUCGAGAAUACUCACAUCUUUUGAUAGUGAGUGACACAGCACCAGACAAACGCGACUUCUCAAAGAGUUUGGUUAGCUCCGCUAAGAACUGCAAUCAAGAUUCAAUUAAUCUCUCGCGUUUGAGGAAACGAUGUAGCGACGAAAUGUCAAAUUACCGCGUCGUUCUCCAGUAGGACCAUUCUGACGAAGGUAGCAUAUGUCAAAUGUCAAAAGCCGUCGAAAGCAGUCGCUUAAAGGGAUUGGAACGAAGAGGUUGGGAAAAGUCGUCGCUAAAUUCAUAAGGCGGUCUCCUCUCUGAGUUUACCUGUCAUUUAAUGGUCAAUGGCUGCCACCUCAUCGUGUUGACGAAUGUUUCGUGCAACCGUGGAAUGCGUGGAACCUGCUGCUAAUUGUCAGAAGCCACCGGAGCCUUUCCAGGACGAUCGUCGACGACGACAGCAACCAGGAUGAGCCAGGUCCACGUCAGAGCUCUCCUGGCGAUUUUCUUGAUCGCUCAGGCUCACUGUAUCAUGUUCUACCUAGAACCAAACAGUCACAAGUGUCUGAAGGAGGAGGUCCACGCGGAUGUUCUCGUUACAGGCGAAUACGAGGUGUCCGAGGCGAUGAAUCAGAAAGUUGAUUACGUGAUACAAGAUUCCAAAGGACACAUAUUGUCCCAGAAGGAGGAUAUUCCUUAUGGAAAACUGUUGAAGUUUUCUUUUGUAACUGAAACUUAUGACACUUUUGAAAUAUGCUUUGCUUCACAUGUUCCAAAUCAUCAACGUGGUGUCAGACAAGAAGUUCUAUUGAUCAUGAAACGUGGCAUUGAAGCAAAGAGUUAUGAAGGCUUGAUUGGUGAAGCAGCCAAGUUAAAACCAGUAGAAGUGGAAUUGAAACGAUUGGAGGACUUGUCUGAGGCGAUAGUGCAAGACUUUGCUAGAAUGCGCAAAAACGAAGAAGAAAUGAGAGAUACAAAUGAGGCCACAAACACACGAGUGUUAUACUUCAGUUUAUUCUCGAUAUGCGUUCUUUUUGGUUUAUCCACCUGGCAACUCUUCUAUUUCCGGCGUUUCUUCAGGAUGAAGAAACUUAUAGAAUAGAUUCAUUACAAAUUUAUUAUUUUUGAAUUUCAGUUUUUGUUAUUUGCAAUUUCAUAUUUAAAUGCAAAUUCAUAUAUCAUAAAACACUUUUUAUAUUUGCAACAAACAUAAAAAGAAUUUGAAAUAAACAAGCAAAAACAAUGUUACAAUCAUAUUACCACAAUUUGAAUCAAUGUAAAAUACGAUAGAACUUCUUAUCAUCUCACUAAAUAACGCGCAUAUAUCACGUUAUCGAAAACGUAAUAUUUAAAAAAAAUGUAAAAUAGAUUUCUUAAA